AUGCCUAAUCAACACCCGCUUCCACACCAACCGCAGCCGCAUUUCUACGGAGCACCUGAGAUCGACUUUGGCCUUCCCAGCGCGCUCCGUGAAGGCCUUGUGCCGGGCGGGAAGUCAUAUGCAUGCAUGUGGGAUUCGCUGGGCAAAGCGAACUGUGGAUCAGCUCAGAAAGCACAGAACGUACUCCUGGUUGGAUCAGAGGGGGGAUUCGAGGUCUACAAGGUUGGCCGUGGUUCGAUUGACGUGAUUGGUAGCCUCGACGACUUGCAUGGAAGUGUCAUCCGAGCGAAGAUCCUUCCCUGGCUUCGUCGCGAGGAUCCUCUUGCCUCGCUGCGUCCACUUGUGGCUCUAGUCAUCCAUGGUCCAGUAGUCGAAGACCCGAAGGCUGCGCCGAAUUUGAGCAGCUCUUCCUCUGCUGUUACGGACGACAAUGGGAGUUCUUCGAGUCCACCGACAAGGCCCGCUUCGAACCAUAGUGAGGCUGUCCCGGCUCGCAUAACCCAUUACCAGACUCGAGUUGAGGUCUACUCCCUGAAAGAGCACAAGCACGUUGCAACUCUGUACAAGAGCCAACCGAUUCCUCUGGCAACGCCGAUUGACAACCGCGCCUUCGAACCGCCACCACCAGCCGAUCAGCUCACCGUGGAUGCUAACGGCGACUUCAUGGUUGUGGCUUCCGGCAACAGCGGCGAGCUUUUCGUCUUUGCACUUUCUGAAAAGGUGGACCCGGAACAUCCAGAGCAGUUCCGAUGUAUAGGAAAAACUUGGACUACGGUGCAGGUCCGGGAGCACGCUUCAGUGUCUAGUGCUUCCAGUUCGACAGAUAUCAAUAGCCACGAAGGAGACGUCAGUGGCCAGCAUCGCAUCCCUCUCUUUUCGCUCAGCCAGCGCUGGCUUGCGACCGUGCCUCCGGCCACAUCCUCGAUCCAAUCCUCGAACGGCACGGCGUUGGUGUCUAAAAAGUAUCCCAGACCUCUGGGUAUAACUUCUCACGCUGCGCCUCCUCAGCCGGCCCCGAACUGCAUUGUCGACGCGCCAGAUCCUCCCCCUCUCCUCCAGCGUGCGGUUAAAGAAGGUACCCAGCAGCUGUUGAAAGGUGCGCGCUGGGCGACCGCCCAGGGUAAGCAAGCCUGGACGAAAUACUGGGCUCCAUCACCUACGCCUAGCGGCCAGAUCGGAGGUUCGAACGGUUAUGCCGCAGGUUAUGCAGCCGGCCAGCAGGCUGCCCAGUUUCCACCGACACACGGUCAUUGGUCUCUUCCGGUGCUUAGCGACGAUCCGCCUCUUGUAUCAAUUUUGGAUCUGCGCAAACUCCACGAGGCACCGUUGAAGAAAGAUCGGCAUGGCCUGACUCCUAAGGCGACAUUCGCUUCUGCGCUAGGGUGCAGCUUUUUGUCUUUUGCGCCGAAUGGGUUAAUGCUAUUCAUGGCCAGCAAGAAGGGUGAUCAUCAAUUCGUGUACGAGUUGAAGCCGGCAAUGCAUUCGAGGCCCAUCCGUCUCGUCAAGGGAUCACCGCCUGGAGCGUAUGUGAGGGAGGCUACUCGCUUUGAGCGUGUCACUGUCGCGAAUGUGGUUGAUGUUGUGUGGUCGGAGCCAGAGGGCCUUUGUUUGGCAGUUUUGACCGACAAAGGAACCGUUCAUGUCCACGAGCUUUUGACCUCCGCUUUCAACUGGCCUCCGCCAAGACGUCCUCGACCAGUCAAAGCAGCGCCUAAGGCGGAUCCGAAUAACGAUGGCGAAGAUCAGACCCAGCGUAAGAACUGGGGUGGUAUCGGCUCUGCCAUGCAAGCAAUCAACGAGGGUGCACGCACUGUCUCUACUGCCGUUCGGACUGGUAGCGCAAGUGGUGGGCCCGGCUUGCCUGCUGCUGGUCUUCGCAUGACUUCGGCCGCUGGGGCGAAAGGAGCAAAGGCAGUUGCGGCUGGAAUCACCAAGUCUUUGGGUGCAGCGUCGAAAGGUGUAAAGUCUCUUCGCCAUGCUGGCAACAACAAGCUGCAUCUGCCGUCGCUUGUGAACGGGGUCUUGCCGGGUAGUGUGCGUUGGAUGACUGGGAACCAUCGCGGUCACGUCGGGCUCGUUGCUGGAGGAGAUCUCGUGAUCUACGCCGUAAGUCACAAGAUUUUCGUCCGAGCUACCAGCAACGGCAUCAACAAGGCCAGCACCACCAAAGUCAAACGCUACCGCGGCCUCCUCUCAGAGCGUCAAGUCACCAGUUACACGCUCCCAAAAAUCAAGGACUCGCUCCUGCCACCCGCAAUCGCCACGAUGUUGGACCGCAAGGACAACGAGGCCGCCAACAUCCCACCUAAGGUUGACGGUCACUUCACUCUCAAGAAGCCGGCUGUUUCCAAGGGCAAGCAGCCCAUCAAGCGCCGCACUCACCCUCUGGCACAAGCCGAGCUCGAGACUUGCGCCCCUUUCGAGCCUUUCCACCUCGAUAGACGCGUCAAACUCUUCACAUACGACACCAGCGGCAUGGUCAACGAAAAUGGCGAGCCGCAAACCCAGGAGCAAAUCAUCAAGUCCUUCCAUCACGUGAAUGACGACUCCCCCUGGUGCUUCGGAGGAGACAUCCCUACCGCCAAAGUCACUCUCACAGCCUGCCACCCGUCGAAAUCCGUCACGGGUGCUCACUUUGAAGGGGAAGAGUCGCUUAACGCGGCGGUAGACUGCCUCACGCUUGGAGGAGGAGGAGACGGCGAGGACAUGGAGGUGGUCAUCACGACGCGUCAUCGGCGCCCGAGGGGUGGGCAGGAGGGCGACGAUGGGUUUUUCGAGGACGACUGCGAGGUCUUGGACCUUGCGGAGGAUAGGGUGUAG